UCCGCUUCCGGUAGCUAUCAGGCUGUGGGACUUCUGAGUGCUGAGCUUGCGGGGGUGAGGAAUUGAGGGCCCAGACGGGAGAGCUAACGCGGUGGAGGUCCAGCAGACUGAAAACUUAAAUUCAAGGUCAUGGCAAAUCAUCUGAAGUUCAUUGCCAGAACUGUGAUGGUACAGGCAGGGAACGUGGACGGUGCAUACAAAACCCUAAACAGAAUCCUCACAAUGGAUGGACUCAUUGAGGACAUUAAGCGACGACGAUACUAUGAGAAGCCUUGCCGCCGGCGACAGAGAGAAAGCUAUGAAACUUGCAAGCGAAUCUACAACAUGGAGAUGGCUCGAAAGAUCAAUUUCUUGAUGCGGAAGAAUCGGGCAGAUCCUUGGCAGGGCUGUUGAGGCUUGUAGCUAGGAGUCCCAGUGUGAAAACCCUCAUCCGAUUGUGUCUCCAACUCUCUUCUUCCUCCAGCUCCUUUUCACCUUUCUUA